UAGACGUGAAAAAUAAAAUAAAAGUGGAAGGAGUCAGUGUCUGUAACCAGUACGCCGAACCGCAACAACCGGUCGGAAAAAUCAAUCGCCGGCGAUCGAAAACGACGGCUCCCCCAACGACAUUCUCUCCUCUUCAAGCAAACUCUCUCUCUGUUAUUUAUUACGAUAGUCUGCUAGAGAUCUCAUCACACCCGUCAUCGUCUUCGUUGAAUUUGCCUCAGUUAACAUCUCCAUCUCUGAGAUCCUCCUUUCCUCGACAAUGGUGGAUCCGGGUCCGAUUACGCCGGGUCAGGUAUCUUUUCUGCUUGGAGUGAUCCCAAUAUUUAUUGGUUGGAUAUACUCGGAGCUACUCGACUACAGGAAGUCUUUCUUUCCCUUGAAACCUCACUCGGAUAAUAAUCUGGUUGAGUUGGGAGGCGUUGUAGGGGAGAAAGAUGAUGACAAAGCUGAUUUAUUAGAGGGAGGUCUUCCUCGAUCUGCAUCUCUAAGGUUUCAUAACUCAUCCAUCAGAACAAACAUCAUCAGGUUUUUGAGUAUGGAAGAUUCCUUUUUGCUGGAACACCGAGCAACCUUAAGAGCCAUGUCGGAGUUCGGUGCAAUCUUAUUAUAUUUCUAUAUCUGUGACCGCACGGAAUUGCUUGGAGAUUCAACCAAGAACUACAACCGCGACCUUUUCAUUUUUCUAUACGUUCUUCUCAUCAUAGUAUCAGCCAUGACGUCUCUCAGAAAGCACAAUGACAAAUCACCCAUUAGUGGGAAAUCCAUUCUUUACCUUAACCGCCACCAGACCGAAGAGUGGAAAGGAUGGAUGCAGGUUUUGUUCUUAAUGUAUCACUACUUUGCUGCGGCUGAGAUAUACAACGCAAUCCGUAUCUUCAUUGCUGCUUAUGUCUGGAUGACUGGUUUUGGUAACUUCUCCUACUACUACAUCAGAAAAGAUUUCUCCGUUGCACGUUUUGCGCAGAUGAUGUGGAGGCUGAACUUCUUUGUAGCAUUUUGCUGUAUUGUUCUCAACAACGACUAUAUGUUGUAUUACAUCUGCCCAAUGCACACUCUCUUCACCCUAAUGGUGUACGGAGCUCUCGGUAUCUUCAGCAAGUACAAUGAAGUUGGAUCAGUGAUGGCUCUCAAGAUAUUUUCAUGCUUCCUCGUCGUCUUUCUCAUGUGGGAAAUCCCUGGAGCUUUUGAAAUAUUCUGGAGUCCAUUAACAUUCUUGCUAGGUUACAGUGACCCUGCAAAGCCUGAUCUUCAUCGGUUACAUGAAUGGCACUUCAGAUCGGGGCUUGAUCGCUACAUAUGGAUCAUUGGGAUGAUUUAUGCCUAUUUUCAUCCAACUGUGGAGAGAUGGAUGGAGAAGUUAGAGGAUUGUGAAACGAAGAAAAGACUAUCAAUCAAGACCGCAAUAGUUACUAUUGCCGUGCUUGUUGGCUACGUGUGGUAUGAGUGUAUCUACAAGCUGGAAAAGACCAGUUACAACAUGUAUCACCCAUAUACAUCUUGGAUCCCCAUAACUGUUUACAUAUGCCUCAGAAAUUUCACACACCAGCUUCGGAGUGUCUCAUUGACUCUCUUCGCGUGGCUUGGCAAGAUCACUUUAGAGACAUACAUUUCCCAGUUUCAUAUAUGGCUAAGGUUUGUUUUCCACAACUUGAAUCUUGUAUCCCCGGAAACUCAAUCUCUUGUUGAUUCAAACCCACCAAUUUUCAGAUCAAACAUGCCUGAUGGGCAACCAAAGUGGCUUCUCUCUAUUAUUCCGGGAUACCCUAUGCUCAAUUUUAUGCUCACAACUGCUAUAUACGUCCUUGUAUCUCACCGUCUCUUUGAACUAACCAACACACUCAAGACGGUUUUUGUACCUACAAAAGACAACAAACGUCUCUUCUGUAACUUUAUAGCUGGGAUCGCCAUUGCUCUUCCUCUCUAUUGCUUCUCAUUCGUUCUUCUUCAGAUUCAUCGCUAAAACCCGGAUUAAAGACGUGUUGUUCUCUGUUUCUUCGUCAGGAUCUCAUCAAAGCAAAGCGAAAUAAGAUAAAGACAAGUUAGAUUUGUGGAUCAUUCUCUUGUGCAUAUUCAGCUUCGUUCAACAAAGCCUAGACCUGAUCUCAGAAACCAAGUCUGCUUUGCUCUAGUGCCAUACGAUAUGGAUGCAACUGUUUUCAGUUCAAAUUUCCCCCCUUAUAUAUAGAUUUCUUUAUAUUUUGUUCUGUAAGCAUUAUGCAAAAUCUUUGUGGUUCGUCCAAAAAUGUAUAGUGAUUUUAAAGUAUUAAUCAAACU